AUGUUCGACGACCACGCUGCCGGCUCCCGCAAGAGACGGCGCAUCAGGAGCAUUGAGGACUACGAGCUGACGCGCGUGCUCGGCAAGGGCAGCUUCGGCGUCAUUGUCAAGGCGCGCCACCGCGUCACCGGCGCGUACGUCGUCCUGAAAUGCUUCAUCCGCUCGCCCGACGACGGAAGCGGCAAGAGGAGGCGCUGUGCCCACGCACUCCACCGCGACAUACUGCGUGAGGCGUGCUACCUCGCGGCGUGCCGCGGCCACCCCGCCGUCGUCGGCUUGCAAGCCGCGUUCUGCGUGAUCGGCGGGCCGUUCUCGGACGAGGAGAACCGCCACGUCCUGCGGCAGAUACUGGGCGGCGCCGGGAGAAUGUACGAGCGAGGCAUCGUCCACAGGGACAUCAAGCCCGGGAACAUCCUCGUCGGCGGCGAGGGCGUGGUGAAGAUAUGUGAUCUCGGGCUGGCUAUUUCCAUGGUGACCGCCACGACGCCGCGCGGCCAGGCCGGCACGCUCUGGUACAUGGCCCCCGAGAUGCUCCUGGGGAAGCCGGACUACGAUGAGCUCGUAGAUGCCUGA